CCCGCGCCGCAGAGCCCGGCGGAAGGAGGCGGAGGAGGGAGCGGAGCUGCCCGGCCCGGCCCUGCCCUUCCCGCUGUGAGCCCGCUGCCGCGGGGAGCGUGUGCCCGGGGGACGCCGCUGCCGCCCGUCCGGCCCCGCGGGGCUGCUCCGGCCUCGCCUCGCCCCGCUGCGCACAGGUAACCGCGGAGAAGGAGGCGCGGAGCGGAGCAGCCUCUCCCGGCCGCGAUGCUGAGGGCCGCCCUUCCCUGCCGGGGCCGCGGGAGCUGCCGCUGACAGCGGAAGCUGCGCCGGGCCACCUCCACCGGGACGCAGACUUUCCCUUCUUUUUGUUCAUUCUGCCAUUCUUGAGAUACCGCUAUCCUUCUUCCAAGGACUGCGGGCAGGUCCUGUCUGACUGUACCGGAUUUUUACCCAUCUAUCCUGAUUGCCUGUCUGAAAGUAUAUUUAUUUUUUAAUAAAAGAAAAAGUGGAGCCACAAAUCCAGUUGAUAGCACGUUCCCCUUUCUGUGGAGUCCAGUUUGUUUCUGCAGUUAAAAAAGUUUACCCCCCCGCCCUCCAGUUUUAUUGACACUGAGGAUGAAGAAGGAUUUGCAAGUGAAAGCGCCUUGAAAUACAACAUCUUUUAGAGAGAGCUCUGCAGUUCGCUUGUUGAGUCUCGAAUUCCACCCUUUGCCCCUGCCGAAUCCACUGUUCUGCCCUUUACUCUCUGGGGUAAAAAACCAAACAACAACAACAAAAACCCGAGGGGAAAAAAAUACCUUUGGCAGCAGGGAAGCUUUGUGUGACUGACCCAACGAGCUACAAGUGUCCAGUUUCUGAAAAGAAGAAAACCCUUUUGUCUUCAGCAGAUCAGUAGAAUUAUUUUGGAAGCGAGGAGAGUAUCAAGUGAUCUGGCCUACUGAAGAGGAGACUGAAGCCAUCUCUGAGUCGAGAUUUUGGACUUGCGGGAGGAAGGCUGUGUGUGUCCCCCACAUGUGGCAGAACUGCUCCUCCUUACCAAGGAACUCAAAGUGAAGGAAAUAGGUCAAGGGCAGCUUUUACAUUCCACCCAAAAGGCACCACAGUUUGAGAUGAGGAAUUCAGAAGAGCAAGCAGCUACGACAGUUUUACAGCGCCUGCUGCAGGAGCAGCUCCGAUACGGAAACCCAAAUGACAACCGUAACCUUCUUGCCUUACACCAGCAAGCCACAGGAAAUGCCCCCCCUUUCAACAGCACUGGGAGUCCAGCAUCUCAGAACGAAGGGCUGAGCUCCCAGGACCACCAGCUUGUGACUCAUGCUGCCCGACAGGAGCCCCAGGGCCAGGAGAUACAGGUGGACAACAGCAUCAUGGAGAAGCAGCUCUCCCCGCGACUUCAGAACAGCGAGGAUCUCCCAACCUAUGAGGAAGCCAAAGUUCAGUCACAGUAUUUCAGGGGCCAGCCGCAUGCCAGCGUUGGGGCAGCGUUCUAUGUAACAGGCGUCACCAACCAAAAGAUGAGGACUGAAGGGCGGCCCACAGUUCAGCGAGUGAGCCCAGGGAAGGUCCACCAGGAUGAAGGACUUAAGGACCUCAAGCAAGGGCAUGUCCGCUCCUUGAGCGAGAGGCUGAUGCAGCUGUCUUUGGCCACCAGCGGUGUCAAGGCCCAUGCGCCUGUCACGAGCGCGCCACUCUCCCCCCUCUCUCCACUUUCUCCUCAGCAGUCCAGCGACCCUUAUAAAAAUUCUGGCUCCAAUGAGUUCUACAAGAACUCAGUGCAGCCUCCUUCCCAGCCCAACAUGAAAGGAAUGGAGCAGCGGGGUCCUCCUCCAGAGUAUCCUUACAAAAAUGUGUCCACCCCGUCUAUGAACUGCAAACCUCAGGACUCGGGACAUUUCUAUAGUGAUCAUCGCAUGAGCCAGCAGGGAAGAUCUGAUGGGCCUAUGAUGAGGUAUCAACAUCCCCCUGAGUAUGGGUCAGUCAGGCAGAACCCAGAUGUGCAGCUGCAGUUACAACAGAGACCACCUCACCACCACAGCCCAACUUCUUCCUUGACAUCCCUGGGAUCUUUGACUUUGCUUCAGUCUCCGCCACCAUCCAGGCUGUCCCCUUCCCAGCAUCAGCAACCUCUGACUCCAAGCCAGGGAGACCCUGGCAUCCUGCCACGGACCCAGCAGCCAUUCUUAUCAAACCAAGUCCAUCAGGGAGAUUUGUACCGACUAUGCCAGCCCUUCUUAGGCCCGCAGCAGCAGCAAGGCGAUUCCUAUUCAGUAAUGUCCCGAGCUCAGCAGAUACCUUCCCCAUAUCAGCAGAUGCAAGUAGAUCCUUUUGCCAUAGUUUCCAGGGCCCAGCAGAUGGUGGAAAUCCUGUCAGAAGAGAACCGGUCUCUACGACAGGAGCUGGAUGGGUGUUACGAGAAAGUAGCCCGGCUGCAGAAGCUGGAAACAGAAAUUCAGCAGGUUUCAGAGGCGUACAAAAACCUGGAGAAAUCGUCCUCUAAGCGAGAUGCCCUGGAAAAGGCCAUGAGAAACAAGCUGGAAGGAGAAAUUCGUAGGCUUCAUGAUUUCAACAGGGAUCUAAGAGAACGUAUGGAGACAGCCAACAAGCAGCUUGCGGAGAAGGAAUUUGAGGGGUCUGAAGACAAUCGGAAAACCAUCUCUCAACUCUUUGCACAAAACAAGGAAACACAGCGGGAAAAAGAGAAACUGGAAAUAGAACUGGCUGCUGCACGCUCCACCAAUGAGGACCAACGAAGACACAUCGAGAUCCGAGACCAGGCCUUGAACAACGCUCAGGCCAAGGUGGUGAAACUGGAGGAGGAGCUCAAAAAGAAGCAGGUCUAUGUUGAGAAGGUGGAGAAGAUGCAGCAGGCCUUGGUGCAGCUGCAGGCAGCGUGUGAGAAACGGGAACAGCUGGAACACAGGCUGCGGACCCGGCUGGAGAGAGAACUGGAAUCUCUUCGGAUGCAGCAGCGUCAGGGUACAUCUCAGACUGCCAAUGUCUCGGAGUACAAUGCCACGGCGCUUAUGGAACUCCUGCGAGAGAAGGAAGAAAGGAUUCUUGCUCUGGAAGCUGACAUGACCAAAUGGGAACAGAAAUACCUGGAGGAGAGUGUGAUGAGACAGUUUGCUUUGGAUGCAGCUGCAACUGUGGCUGCUCAGAGGGACACAACAGUGAUCAGCCACUCGCCUAACCCUAGCUAUGACACCUCGCUGGAAGCUCGCAUUCAGAAGGAGGAGGAAGAGAUCCUGCUUGCCAACAGGAGGUGUCUCGACAUGGAGGGAAGGAUCAAGACUCUGCACGCUCAGAUCAUUGAGAAGGAUGCCAUGAUCAAAGUCCUGCAGCAGCGCUCCCGGAAGGAGCCUGGUAAGACAGACCAGCUCUCCUCAAUGAGACCUGCCAAGUCGCUGAUGUCAAUAUCGAACGCUGGCUCGGGCUUGCUGUCCCACUCGUCAACACUGAGCAGCACUCCCAUCCUGGAGGAGAAGAGAGAGGACAAGAGCUGGAAAGGCAGCUUAGGUGUUCUGCUGGGAACAGAAUAUCGCUCCGAAUCCAUUCCCUCCACCCCCUCUCCUGUCCUUCCUUCCACACCGCUGCUGUCAGCCCACUCAAAAACAGGCAGCAGAGACUGCAGCACCCAGACUGACCGGGGGAACGAGCAGAGCAAAACUGCACCUUCCACUGCAGCUCCCACACCAGGACGACUCCCCGGUACCAGCCUGGCCUACAGCGCGGACAAAACAGAUGGGCCACUCUUCCACUCCAGCACUCUUGAAAGAAAAGCCCCUGUUCAGACCAUGGGGCAGGACCUCCCAGAUGGAGAGAUGGUAGAAUACCUCAUCUGAAAGGCUGUACCAGGAUCUGAGCUGGGAUACAGUAGCAAGAAAUUUUUAAAAGACAUUUUUAUUGGGAAAAAAUUGUAGUACCUGAGUAAUAAAAGAACACUCAGCUGUUUGCUCUUGUAUAUUAUGUCUCAGAAGUAUGGACAGGUUAAUUUAUAAUUUGUUCUAAAUUAUAAAAACCCGUAACACUUGUUCUUUGAAAGUUUCCCCCUUUAUUUUUAAAUACUGGAUCUGGUAACAUCUGGAGAAAAAACAAGAACUUAGGUGCACUAUGUCUGGUAUGUCAUUUCAGUAUUUUUGCAGUCUCUUAAACAGAAGUACCUACUCUCACAGCUGUUGGUUUAAUGUCUAGCUUGAAUGCAGUAAGAUGGGCAUAAUGGGCUUAUAACGAUCAGCACCAGGGACUUAGUUGUGAGCAUCACUUAAUGGUUUUAGAAUACAGGUGUCCUGAGAAGCUAUAAAUUUGAGCUGGGAUCAAGGGAAAUUUCUCUUUACACUUUCUCUUUACACUCAAUGUAAGAACUCAGAAUAGGUAUUUCACAUUCAUAGGCUGUAAAGAUUCCCAUGUUCAGCGUGGUAACAUUUAUUUUUUUUUUUAACUUCUCAAAUUGUCUUAUUUCUUUAUUAAAAAAAAAAUUACUCCGGUGAUUAAUGUUGCAUUUCACAUUUUUAGUUUCAUUGAAAGAUUUGCCACACUUUUAUACUUAAGUACUUUUUCAAUAAUUUAUACAGUGGAUAGUAAAUAAUAUAUUGUGUUCAUGUUUUACGUAAAUUAAAAAAGGAGAGUUUACAGGCUCAGUCUUGAUCUGUUAGAUCAGAUUUCUGCCAUUGUAAUUCCAUUGGAUUUAGUGGAACUACUCCAAAUUUACCAUAGUGCAAGUGGCAAGCCCUGUUGCUUUUCAGUGUUAGCAACUUAAUCUACUGCAUCUGUGGAGAUCUUUCUCCAUAGCAGAUUUUUCUAUAUUUCAGAUGCCUGUCUACUUUGUAUGUCCCUCCCUCUUGGAGAUACUAGAUUCUUUUUGAUACGGCAAAGCCUCAGAAAUAGAGCUUUAAAGAGGAGCUUUGUGUAAAUUUUCAGAUGGCAAAUUCUCUCCUUCCAAAAUAUUCUUUUUCUUCAUCGAACUGGGGAGAGCAGCUUAAAGACAGUUCCAGAGGCAUUACAGAAGAAAGUUACACAUUUAAGGCAUCAGGUUCGCUUUUGGGAACUAGCACAGAUGCAGCGAUGCUUUGGCUGCAGAUGCUAUAGGGAGAUAUUAAGACCAAUAGAAGUAAAUGAGUGGGGGUUUUUUUUGUUACUGUUUUUGCAUUUUAUUAAAACACUUUAAUAUUCAUUUCUGCUAAAAACUACUUUUUUUUUUUUUUACUUGAAUGUUAAAACACUUAAUUAGGCAAUGGUCACACAUUGGGAACCUGGCUAGUCUCAACUUUCUUUGCAGCAUUAGAGUAGCCAGUUUUUCAUUUCAGUUCAUUUCACCCCAGAAAUAAGGAAAAUCAGCAAUUAAUCAUUGAACAAUUAGCGAAUAUCCUCAGUUCCUACUUAGUUGACACUACUAAUACGGUGUCCAAUUGAAAUGGCCUUACCAGAUCAACAGAUAGAACAUGAAUCUCCCAAUGGAGGGUUGGGAGGUGAAAGGACGUGCCUUCUGUCUGCUGCACGGGUGAGUUAGCGGUGCCUAAUGAUCAGCAGUGAGUUGGAUGCUGCUUGUCUUCUAGUGAUCAUCACUUAAAAAACAAGGAAAACACUUCCCAUCAUUUCUAACAGAUUUGCUGCUUGUUAGUGUUCUUCAGGCUGUACUCCUAGACCCACAGAAGUUAGAGAUAGCAAAAUGCAUUUGGUAAGAUAUGAACUAAGUCUAAAUAGCCUGGCUUUACCAGUGACUGCUCUAACAGGCAGCACAAACUCCCUUCUAUCACCACUACUUUAGACACUUCACAGCCAGCUCUUUAAGGCUUUGACUGUCUCUGCCGUAUGGGACAAUGUCUUUCGGGACAGUGCGAUAGACCUUGCCUAAGUGUAUUCUAAUAAUCUGUCUGAAUUAGUUCUCCACCCUUUUCUGGACUUAACUGUUCACAGCCUCUUCGUUCUCAUCUCUGAGAAUGUCUUACAUUUAUUUCUGUUGGCUUAAUUCCAGCCCGUUAUAUGAAGUAAUGCCCACUCUGGGUGAUUUGAAGUGAUUUCUCCUCCUCCUCCACAGUUGAAAAUGCAGGAGAAGCUUUUCUCAUUAGCUCAAGGUGUCAAUCUUUCUGCCAUUUCAACAUAAUUUUCUGGAUUAUAUUUUGUGGUUUGAGCUUAGAUUGCACAAUAAGGGAGAUCAAAUGCCACUGAGUGUCUGUAUGAGAGAGGGGGAGAGAUUUUUUGAGUGCUUUUCUGUUCUUCUAAAGUCAGGAAAAAUUAUAUUCCACCUUUACAAGUACUUCUCAGCAGUACAAAAGAAGUUUUGCAACUGUAGGGCUCUAGGUAAACAGUUCCGACUCACUUGAUUCACAUUAAUUCUAAGAUGUCUAGGAAAAUUUGCAUCCUUUGCAGAUAAAAGCUGUUUUAGAAAACUGAUUUUCCCCAAUUGAUAUUGGGGGAUUGGUAUCCUCCUUGCAGCUUAUUGUUUUCAAACUGAAUGCCUCUGUAAUCUAUUUUUACAAAGAAAAAAGGACAUAAUAGCUCUCUAUGAAUAAAAUACAGAUUAUGGACAGCAAAUGCCUUCUCCAAAAAUGGAAGCCAGGCAGUCUCUGACAGUCCGAGGCAUCAGGAUUGCAGGAGCCUUAGCAGUUCUGUGCCCAUGGAAGUAAAUUUGGAAGAAGAUGGCGCAGUUUAAGGUCAGAUUCUUUGCCCUAUUUUGUAGUUUUGUUUUUUUCCAAAAGCAAAACCCCCAAAACUUUUGACAUGGAAGUUUGAGGUCAUCUUCCCAUGCUGACAAACUAGGAGCCAUCAGGAAUGUAUUCUUUUCCUUGAGCUUCCUCAGAGCCAUCCUGAUGUGAAUGUAAAAGAGCUGCUUGCUUUGAGGAAGAUGUGUACUAUAGUCUUCAGUCUCUCUGUACAGAUUUUUAUUUUGUUUUUAAACAAACUGCUUUAAGAAGACAAACUGCACACCUAGUUCCUUUUCCUUCUGUAGAGCUUAUUUCUAGUAGAACGUGAUUUUUUAACACAAUGAUCGCAAUGACCUUCUUUGCAAACCAAAAUUUUAGACUAAGAGUUUUUCUUAAACUCGGGUAUUAGAAGCAGAAUUGUAGCUUUUAUAAAGAAAGCCACAUAUUCUUCUUUGUAGAGCGAAACCAGAAAAUGAAGUUUAGUUAUUUUUCCUCUUUCCUUUCACUGCUUACAGAAUGGCCAAACUCACAAGUCCUUCCCUUGAGCAGUUCCUUUGGGAUUUGAUGGCUCAGGGAACUGCCUGAGAUCUAGAGGCCUUUGUUCCCGUCUGGCCUGAUGUCAUUCUGAACUUCAAAUAGCUCCUACCUGGCAGCUCUCGUGGGGUCUAGAGCAGCAGUUUUCUGUGGUCUGAGGACUCAUGGGGAUCUGUGAGCUGCUCCUCAGGAGUCUGCAAAGGGUGGCCAAGGUCAGCAAGUAGUGUCCGGGGCUGAAAUUCUUUAUCUGUGGUCCCUGCCUCUGUUGUCAAGUUUGUGGAGUGAGAGGCUGAAAACUGGCAUUAGCUUUGCUUCGUUUUUGAGGCUGCCUGAGCGAGGGGACUUGCAGAGUUUGAGGCCAGAACCAUUUCCAAGGACACCUCCUGCUCCAGGAGCCCACACCGAUGACCAGCGGUGCAUGAGACGUGUAACAACCGCAUCCCAUGAGCCGUGACGCCCGUACAGUGAAUCCCGACAACCGCAUCCAGACAAUGCGCUUUUUUCCGUUGCUUAUAAAAUGGUGGCAACAUAAUCUCCAUGCAGUCAGGACAAGCAAAACAAAACCCCAGGGGUAAUUCGGCUUUCCCUCCCUCCCCACGAGGGCUGGCACAGGUUAGCCCGGGAUUCACUGUGCUGCUUCACGCCGCGGCCGAUGGUUUUGCUCCGUGAUAGGGGUGGGGGGCUGUGGGGUGGGGGGGUGUCUCUUUUCAUGUAUUUGUAUAGGAACUCUUUUUUAAAAGCUAGCAUUUUUAUGUCUAGAAAGUAAAAAAGACAUUGUAAAAUGUAAUUGUACUGUAUUUAUGAAGAAAAUACAUUUCUUUUCAAAAAGAUCUUCCUCUAAGUUGGUUUUAGAGUCUGACUUCCAACAACAUCAUCUCAUAGAAUAGAAUCUUCAUGGUUGGAAAGGACCUUUGAGAUCAUCGAGUCCAACCAUACAUACAACAACAACCAUCUCAUAGGCUUUCAGAAGUGGAAACCCCUCUGGUUUGCAUUGUGCUGUGCAGCCAUACCAUGCUGUGCUCAACUAUUCAGAUUUAAGAAAAAGCCGACUCUCUGCCCUCCUAAAUCGAGCAGAACCUCUGUGGCUCCGAGUUCUGAAGUAUUUGAAUACUUGAUUUUGUUCAGCUCGGGCUCCGCUCAGGAUGAGAAGUGGAGAUGCUGGAAUAACUGGAGAGCAGUCUGGAGCGAUGUCAGUUCCAAGGCUUGCCUGUGUGCAGCGCUGGGAAAUAGCUGCCCUUCAGCUGUGGCUGUGGAGCAGGGCUCGCCCUGACAGAGGCGUCGCUCAGGCCUCCCGUCCUGUCAUUUCGGUCUUUUCCACUUGUGGAGGAGGAGCUGUCUACAGGAGGAGCUCUCUAGAGGAGGCGGCAAAUGGCUUCAACCCGGUUUCCCUUUCAGCAGGGUUGUGGUCUGAAAAGCGAGAAAGAAGUCACCAGUUAGCUGCUUCCUCUUUAGGAUCCAAAAUAUCAAAGCAUAAAUUAAAAUACUAAAAUUUUGCCAUUUCACAACCUUAGAAAAUGUGUCAAGAGAAUGAUCUUUUCUAUAUAAAUCUACAUUGAAGUGAAUCACGUGGAUUAUUUUUUCCUCCUUAUUUAAGCCGUCAAGUUUAUUUUGUAAUUUGUGACCGAGCUGUUUUGUAAUUCAGCUGUUGAAACAGCCCUAAAGUCUUUGAAAAUUAUGGCAGCUUUAAUUCCAGGAAAGAAAACAAAAAAGUAAGUGUAAAUAUGCAUUAAGAGAUCUUGUAAAUGUCUAUCGUUAUGUCUGUAGUUAGCUAUAAAAGUAUUUUGUGUGUUUUUAAAGAAUUGACCCUGUGUUUUCAAUUUUUUCCACUGAUUUGCUUGCUUUUCAGUAAAUUUUCUUAGUAUGAAAACCUUAUUGAUUAUAAAACAAAACCAGUCUUCACCUCAUCUAGUCCUCACUGCUGCUUGGCCUCUGUCUUUAGGUUUUCAGCUCCUAAUUGGAGAUUUUUCAGGAUAAAAUAGUCAUUCGAGUCUCCUCCCUUAAGCAUCACUUGUUAUUUUUUCCUCUGGCCGGCGCUGCAGCUGCACACAACUCCGCAUGCUUUCACGCCUUUUUAAUAAUCAGAUGGACGACACUUGCUUACCGUCACUUUGAGCUGUGGUGACUGUGCCAGUCGUCUUUGACAGCUGGACUGUUUUUCAGGUGUUUAAGGGUAACAGCACGUGAGUAACCUGCAGUCAUGUGAGUACUUUCUACAUCGCCG